AUGAGUUCCACCACGUCCAAACCGAACGGCGAAGCCGCUCCGGCUCCACCGGUCUUUUCAUACGCACAAGCUGCCAAAGGCCGCGCCGCUGCUACAACAGCUUCCGCCAUGCAGUCACACCAAGCAGCCGUUUCCGGCAACACCCCACCAGCCAAGGAGUCGGGCUCUACAAUUGAUACGCCUUCUGUCGGCUCGGAGGGAGGCGAUCGGAGUGUCAAUGGGAGCUACGAGACCUUGAGUAAGGGUGAGAUUCCAGACUCGAGCAGGAAUCCAGACGUCAAGACUAUGAAAGCCGGCUCUCCAGCCACUUCGCCAAGUUUCGGCACAGCCUCGACUUCAACGCUACCGAAGGAGGACAAGGAAGACGACUUCACUCUGGUCGGGGGAUCCGAGUCAAAUCGUGAUCGACAUUCUCAUGGUGCGGGGGAGAGACAUGCCGACGGCGAGGGGCGUAGAGGCAAGAAGGGUAAGAAGGAAAAGAAGCCCACCGAGAAGGAUGGCGAGAAGGAAAAGGAAAAGGAAAAGGAGAAAGAGGAAGUGAAACCCGAAGUCUUCGUCCCUGCCCCCUUACCGACCGUGAACUUCUGGCAACAACGAAAGGAAGACGCGGCCAAGUCGAAGCCGAAUUCUGUGACUAGGCAAGGCCUGGAAGGCUCUAAUGAGCUUAAUUCUACACCAAACACCAAGUCUAUUGAUAAUAAGAAGCGGGCCAAGUCAGUGGUGGCUGAAGAGGCCGAUAAGAUGCUGUCUCCAGCUCAGGUCGGCGCGGGCAAAGAUGCACAAAUCUCGAGCAAGGCCCAGAAGAAGGGGAGCGAGGUUGUGAGCAAGAAGGACGAUACCCCUAAGCGUUCAGGUCCUCGAGGUAGCAGAGCAGCUGAGAAAGAUGAGAGGCCAGUGGCAAGUCAACUGCCCCCACCUGUGGAGGAUGCCAUGUCGUGGCCAACUCCCGAGACGGCUGUCGAGGAGGAGAAGCGGAAGGCCCAGGAGAAGGUAGACAAGGACGACAAGGAGGAGAACGCCCCCAACAAGCCACGCACCAAGGAGAAGUGGGUUCAUGUUCCUUACAUCCCAUCAGUCACAUUCAACACCCCACUGCCAACUAGAGGUGGUCGAGGGCGUGGUGGAGCUCGUGGCGGCCGAACAGAGGCUGGUGGACGUUCGAGUCAUGUAACAAACGGUGCGGGAGAGAAGCCCCAGAAUGGGUCUGCGUCAGCAGAUGGAGAUGCGAGAUCGAGCUCUGUUCCUCCCACAACCAAGAGCCGAACCCCCAAUGAGUCCACCAUGGCGCGAAAGGCUUCAUUGGCACAGGCUGGAGAUAAGAUUAAAUCUGGUCCACUGAAGACUGAGCAUGUCUCCCACCCUGGCAUUCAAUAUGCCCCUCAACCCGGCCAGCCAAACCAGUUUGAGCCCAACCAGGAGCAACGGCUUCUUCCAGGUGAAACCAACAAGCAUUUGAAACAGGACCAGAUGCAAGGAAGCGUUCUUGACAACCAGGCACAUCCGAGUGCAGGUAAUGGUCGCAAAGGCGAGCAGAAGGGAUCUGAGCAGUUCAAGGAGAAUCCUUUUGGCAAAGACAGCACUCAUCAAAAUCGUGAUCGGAAUGAUGCCCGAGGCCGUGGAGGCUUCCGUGGCAGAGUAGCCCAUGCUGGCUACACGAACGGCCAGCCUCACCCCCAGAAUGUCUUCGCCAACGGCCAUGGAGCACCAAAUGGGUACCCAGGUCGUCAGAGCUCUGGUCCAUAUAGUCCUCCACUCCAGUCAAUUCCAUUCGGCAACCAGUAUGCGCCACCACCUCCAAGAGGCGGUCGAGGAAAUCGAUCCCAGUCCAUUCCCAACAACGGCAUGUACGGACGAUACCCUCCCAACGGUGUUUCCCAGCACAUGCCACCACUUCAGACGUCCAACCAAGUGUAUGAAUACCAACAUAUGCAAGGACCCAUGAGUGCUACACCCUACCAACCUUAUAUGGACCAAGUAUCUGUGCUUGCAAUGGUCUCGAUGCAGCUGGAAUACUAUUUCUCUAUCGACAACCUUUGCAAGGACGUCUUCUUGCGAAGGCAUAUGGACUCCCAAGGUUUCGUGUUCCUGGCUUUCAUCGCCGGCUUCAAGCGCAUCCAAGCCUUGACCCACGAGUUCGAGCUUUUACGAUUUGCUUGCCAUGAGUCGGACAUCAUUGAGCUGGUCAGAGGUGAUGAUGGCCACGAUCGAUUGCGGAGAAGAGAAGGCUGGGAGAAGUUCGUUGUGCCGAUGGAUGAACGUGAUGAAUCGGUGAGAAACGCCGGUCCUUCCAGUGUUCAGCACCGCUCCCCUCAAUCUCCAAAUUCCCAGCAUGCGGGAUCAAUGGGUAUGCCAAACCAACAUAUCAUGUCGCCUGGCGCCUUCUCGCCGAACGGUACCGAGGCCAGUUUACGCUAUCAACAAAAUGGUGCAGGCCCCGUCUCUAAUGGCAAUGGUAGCGCCUACUACCCCGAGACUCCUCUAUCGGCUGCUGUACCAGACUUUGCACCAGGACUGCUAUCCCUCAGUGGCCUUCAGGAUCCCCUUGAAGCCGCAACAACAUUCAACGACGACGAGGUUGCCAAGCUGACUCUCGUUUUCAAAACUCCCAAAGGCAGCGAGGACUCAAAGCUCAAGUCGCCCUUCAAUGGUGCUCCCGCCAGAACCUUCUCUAACGGCUCCAUCGAUGGGAGAUCGAUCGUUGAGGAACUCUUUGAUGACCAACGCCAGGGUCGGACUUUGACUAAUGGCUCACAUACCUCAGAAACAUCCCCCGAGAGUCUCCGGCGUUCAAGAAGCCCUUUUACUCCUCUGUCGCCCACCCAGUCCACCUCCGGCAACGGACUUCCAGUCAUGUGGGUGAAGGGCCAGGGACAACAGUCGUUCGUUUCGCCUGGUAACUCUGAGGAGCUAUACACCACCUUUCGCUCCCGUGCCUUGAACCAUCGAGAGAACUCCACCCCUGGUGAGACUCAUCCAGACAUGAAACUUCUUUAUGAAUUCUGGUCACAUUUCUUGUGCAGAAACUUCAACGCCAAGAUGUACACCGAGUUCAGACAGUAUGCCUUCGAGGAUGCUCAACAAAACGCUAUGGACGGAACCAACAGUCUCAUCAGCUACUACUCCGAGAUCCUCAGUAGCAAGAGGAAGGUUAUCCCUGAUGUACUUGCCUUGCAUUAUGUCGAGUUGGUGAAGAGCGAGGAUGUCGCAGGUCCCCGACCAGCACUGGAGAGACUCCGCAUAGCUUGGCGCGAUGGAGCCCUAGACAUGAAGAGCCGAAAGAAGAUUGGCAAUCUGGUCGACAAGAAGCUGAAGGAUGAACUCGAUCGAGCACCCCAUGCCAAGGCUGAUUCCUGA